UAAUAGCUUUAUGCGGUAAGAAAAUUUACGGUAUGUGACUGCGAUAGAUGCAUAUCAGAAGCAGAUUUACUAGCUUUUAAGUCACAGCAAACAGUUUGGAAUAAUCGGCAUGAUGCUGGUAUUGUCGCUGUCCUUUCUCUGCCUUCUUUUUGUACAAGUAAAAGCGCAACCUUGUGAGCCUCAUCACCACUGUCUGACUUGCCGUGGUGCUCCAUACAACUGUGCCACGUGCCCGAAAGGUUACUAUUUGACGAGAGAGGGCGGCCCUUUUCACGCUUGUAGGGAAUGCCCACCUCUGUGUGAAGAGUGUGAAAAUUAUUCGUUAUGUACCGCUUGUUACAUGAAAAACCACUACGGGAAAGACUGCAAGAGUGUUUGCAGCAAAGGGUGUUUUAAUUCGACUUGCAACCAAUUAGCGGGUACAUGCUUGUGUAAAGAUAAUUAUGAGGGUGGACACUGUGACUACUGCGCGAAAGGAAAAUAUGAAUUUGACACUAACUGUACAAAGGACUGUCCUGCUAAUUGCUACACAUGUAAUUCUGAUAAAUAUUGCACAGAAUGUAAUGACGGUUACUAUGGUAACACGUGCGAGCUGUCUUGUUCUAGAGGGUGUUAUUUGGGUAAAUGCAGCCAAAGUAAUGGAACCUGUUACAAAAACAAAUGCAAAUCGACCUUUGAUGGAAUAAAUUGUGACCAAUGUUCCGCAGGACGAUUUGGAAACGAUUGCUUGUCCUUAUGCCCUACAAAUUGUAUCUCGUGCACUGGAGGAACGAACUGUGACCAAUGUAAAGAUGGAUACUGGGGAGAUUCGUGUCAACAUAAUUGCUCUUAUGGAUGUUCAACAAGUGUAUGCUUGAAAACGUCUGGUAUCUGUCAGGACAGGAAAUGCAGGACCGGUUUCGUUGGAGAAAAGUGUGACAGGUGCACUUCUGGGAGAAAUGGUUUAAACUGCAAUAUGAGCGAAAAGGUGUUUGGAAAAGAUUCAUCCGCAAAUGCAAUACAUUUUCAAGCGUGUUUGCUAGUAGUUGCUUUGUUGUUCUGCUCUGUGGACAUUACAGUGCAGAUUAUGACGGAAUGCGACCCAUCUCACAACUGUCUGACUUGUAUGGGUGUUCCACACGACUGUAAAACGUGCCCAAGUGGCUAUUUCCUGGCGAGAGGCGGAGCGCAUUAUACAUGCAGAGCAUGCCCACCACAGUGCAAGGAAUGUGAAUACUACACAUCAUGUACAAGUUGUUUUGCAAAGAGUCAUUACGGAAGAGACUGCCAGAGCGUAUGCAGCAAAGGUUGUCUCAACUCGACUUGCGACCAUUUGUCGGGCACAUGUCUAUGUAAAGAUAAUUAUGAGGGUGGACACUGUGACUACUGCGCAAAAGGAAAAUACGGAUAUGACUCUAACUGUACAAUGGACUGUCCUGUUAAUUGUUUAACAUGUAAUUCUGAUAAAAAUUGCACAGCAUGUAAAGAUGGUUACUAUGGUAACACUUGUGAGCUGUCUUGUUUUAGAGGCUGUUACUUUGGUAAAUGCAGCCAGAGUAGUGGGACUUGUUAUAAAAACAAAUGCAAAUCAAAAUUUGAUGGCAUUAACUGUAAUAAGUGUUCUCUAGGACGAUUUGGAACAGACUGCCAAACAUUCUGCCCUGAUAAAUGUGUCUCGUGCUCUUCGAGAACGGCAUGUGACAAAUGUAAAAAUGGACACUGGGGAGUUGCGUGCCAACACAAUUGUUCUCACGGAUGUCUAGGUGGUGUUUGCUUGAAACAAUCUGGUGUGUGCAAGGUCAACAAAUGCAGAUCAGGUUUCGUUGGAGAAAGGUGCGACAGAUGUACUUCCGGGAGAUAUGGCUUAAACUGCACUAUGAGUGAAAUAAUGUCUGGUAUGUUUACAAAAUCCGUCCUACUAAUUUGGUUACCUGCAGGAGGUGAAGUUCGGCGGGAUAUGAAAUGUGUCAAAAGCAGUGUACAUCUGGUCAUGAGGAAUUUUGAAACCAUCAAAGACAGUCAAAGAUGUUCUGAUUUUACAAUUCAAAAAUAUUCUAAUAAAAAGAUAUGACUCUAUUUCAAUGGUCAGAAGGAUUCUUGAAAGGAAAUUACUGACCAUUUCGACAUUUGACAUGCAAUAGAAACAGACUAGGAUCAAAUGUUUCACACUAUUUCGGAAAUAAAAAUUGGAUAACUAUACAAAAGCCAGAACCCGUGAUUUCUGUUUAAUGUACCAGUGCACAAGAGAAAUGUCUGGUUGUCUUGCUAUAGUUCUUUUGAUAUAUAAUAUCUAAUAUAUAUUGAUGGUC